AUGGAAGAUUCAACGGUGGAUUCAAUGGAAGAUUCAAUGGUGGAUUUGAUGGAAGAUUUCAACGGCGGAUUCGAUGGAAGAUUCAACGGUGGAUUCGAUGGAAGAUUUCAACGGCGGAUUCGAUGGAAGAUUUCAACAGUGUAUUCAAUGGAAGAUUCAACGGUGGAUUCGAUGGAAGAUUUCAACAGUGUAUUCGAUGGAAGAUUCAACGGUGGAUUUGAUGGAAGAUUUCAAUGCCGGGUUCGAUGGAAGAUUUCAACAGCGGAUUCAAUGAAAGAUUUCAACAGUGUAUUUGAUGGAAGAUUCAACGGUGGAUUCAAUGGAAGAUUCAAUGGUGGAUUUGAUGGAAGAUUUCAACAGUGUAUUCGAUGGAAGAUUUCAACGGCGGAUUUGAUGGAAGAUUUCAACGCCGGGUUCGAUGGAAGAUUCAACGUGAAUUUGAUGGAAGAUUUCAACGCCGGGUUCGAUGGAAGAUUCAACGGUGGAUUCGAUGGAAGAUUCAACGGUGGAUUUGAUGGAAGAUUUCAACGGCGGAUUCGAUGGAAGAUUUCAACAGUGGAUUCAAUGAAAGAUUCAACAGUGGAUUCGAUGGAAGAUUCAACAGUGAAUUUGAUGAAAGAUUUCAACAGCGGAUUUGAUGGAAGAUUUCAACAGCAGAUUCAAUAG